UAGAACAUAUCUAUACACUCUAUAACUUCCUAAUCUAGUGUAAUCUAUUGUAAUCUAUUGACUUAUUGUACGUGUUGUGACAAGCAAAACGACCAUUUAUUCUCAUGGCAUGCUACUAUAUUUCCUGAAUUAAUGUGAGAUACAUAUCAUGGCACCGACGUUUGCUACGUUUAUGAACGUUUUAACAGUCAUGGUAUCGAAAACUGUUAUUUUUAAUGGUUGUUAAAACAGACACAAGCCGAAUUUAUUGUGCAAUCUGUUUUCGCGACACUGUCAAAAUAAUCAAAACAUAAAACUAAAAGAAAAGAGCUUGUAUAGGACAUAUAAGAUGGGAAGUCUCUCAUACUAUCACAUUUUGCUACAUGUGACGCAGAUCCAAGAAGAUGCUAUCAAGAAAUUGUUCAAUGAAAAUAAAUGGGACUACCUGUGCCAAGGAGUCAAUGACACCAUCCUGACAGCCAUCAAGGAAACUGCAAUGAAAGAACCAAACAGCAGGCCAACUUUAAGUGAGAGCAAAAAAGUUCUUCCAUUCAGAAAAUCUACUAGGGCAAUAAAACCCAGAAUAUGUGAUGACUUUAUAACUGAAGAAGUGUUAGAACAUGGUUACACAAAACCUAAGAAGAAAGACAACGAUAAUUAUAUUGAGCACGAAAAUGGUUUCAAGUACAAAUAUGAAACUAGCGUCAAAGUUGGUGAAAGUGAUUUGAAUGUUUUACAAGUUGAUAUGAGUGAGUCUGUAUCUGUUGGAGAGACACUUAAUGACAGUUGUGUUGAUUUGUGUACAACUGCGGAAAGAAGUGGGGCUGAGAUAAGUGAUGGGCAGAUUUUCCAACGUGUAGAUGAUGAGAAAAACGUCUUAGCUACGCCAUUUCCCGAAGCCAACCAUAUGAUGUUAGAUGAAAACGAAGAAACAGUUGAUACAGCAAUUGUAGGAAAGGUCGCCAAGAGUGAAGGUGUAUUGCCCAAAGUGAGCAACAAAACCAGGUCUAAACAUUCAAAGCCCAGGCUGGAGAAUACAGCAUACACAUCCUCAGCAAAGACAAGCAGACGUGAGUACGGGAAAGUGGCAGAGGAGAAUCUACCGUGCAAGUGCUUCUACUGUGAGCGCCGCUUUGCCUUCGAGAAGUACCUCAAGAAGCAUGUGAAGAGGGUCCAUCCAAAAAUGUCUCAGGGAAUGUUCUGUGAAUACUGUUCUGCAAACUUUAAACACCGCCAGGACCUGUAUGCUCACAUCAAAGAGGCUCAUCCUGACCGGAGGAACAAGAAGCUGCAGUGUGACCUGUGUGGAAACGUCUUCCGUUCCAAGGGCUCAUACGACGAGCAUCGCAAGGCCGUACAUACGGACGAACGAGCAUUCUCGUGUGACAUUUGUAACAAAUCGUACAAGUCUGAGAGGGUGUUGAAAAUACAUCGAUUACGACACGCUCCAGCCCAAGAGAUGUGCGUGAUUUGUGGCAAACGUUUUCGGCUCCGUGCCGAGGUUAAGCAUCACAUGCGCCGCCAUAACAACGAUAGACGCAUCCAGUGCGACUCGUGCGAUAAAGUGUUUUAUAGAAACAGUGAACUAAAAAAUCAUCAGCGCAUACAUACUGGCGAAAAGCCGUUUAAAUGUCCUUAUUGCUCCUACGCAUGCACAAUCAAGGGAAACCUCGAUAAACACAUGAAAGUGCAUUUAAAUGGAAAAGUGAAUGGUCAAGUUCGAAAAGAAAAAUUGUUGCAUUUAAAUUCUCAUUUACAUGUAGAUGACAACUUUGAGCGUCAAGACUCUUCCCAUAUUCCUGCUGAAUUUCAUCUUUUACCUCAGACCAUAGAACUUAAGUGGACUAACAAGGAGGAUAGUGACUCUGGUAUGAAGGUUGGCAACGAGUGGUCAGUGUCCGUUCUCAACCAACAGGAGCGUGAUGCAGUUGAGACUAUGCAGCAGUGGCAGGGGGUUAAUGUGAUUGCCCGCAUGUCUCAAUACCAGGUCCCUAGCACCGUGCUGUUCACAGACGAGACCCCUGAACAGCACCAGUCUGGUACCCUGGACCAUGCACAGGUGCACUGUAUCAGUGGCAUGCAGCCAAAAUUAGUGACUGUUAACCCUGCCGACCUGAUGCCUGCUGUAUCGGCAGCCAGUGCCAGUGUGAUACCUGCUGUGGUAUUUUCUAAUGAAGAUGGAGAUGAUGGUGAUGGCAAUAAUGGAAGUGACGGGAAUUCUGAGAAACAGAAACCUGGGUGUGUGCAAACGUUCUACAGCCUGAAGAGCAAUCAGAUGCCUGUCCUGACUCAGAUAAUCUCCCAUGGUAAUGAGGUCACUGUAGUACCUUGGUCCCAGGAAUGUGGGCUGCAGAAAGUUGUGGGCGAUGUAAACACGACGUUGCUACCCACGGUGGUACAGCCCUUGUACGUGGAAGGCAAGUUCAAGGAUGAGCAAGUGGUUGUGGUCGCCUCAAGCAGUAUGGAGACUCUGAACUCCAGUCCCAACACUUUACCUCAGUCCAGUUCUGCCGUAAUCAUACAAAGUUACCCGGAAGGAUUUGUUGAGUCUGGAUGGGAAUGACUUACAUGUGUGUUACCGGUCGCAUAUGCUCAAAGUGAUUUUACUUCCUGGGUGGAUUCCAUGAUGGCAAAGGGCAAGGUCUUUCAGACCAUCUUUGUAGCAUGCUGGGACAGGGACAGCUCAAGAUGAACAAACUGUCCAGAUAAUAGACACUGUGUU